AUGCUCAUGCCAAUUAAAGGGUAUGAAAAAAUGCCAUUAGUAUCAUUGGAGGAAGCUGUUGCACCACUUAUUUCGAUUUUGCCCGAAAUUCAAGAUAAUGUUUAUGUUGCGAAACAACGAUGUAAAUCUAUGUCUCCCAAUGGUUUAACACAAGAUGAAUCAGCUUCAAUCAUGCUUUACUCGAUGGAAUGGGAACCACAUGAAGAAUGUUUAUAUUUUGUCCUCAAUGCAACUCUUCGCAGUGAAGACAGACGAAGAUUAAAACCAUGGUUUUCAUAUUUAAAACUUCUUCUUACAGCACUCGAAAAAUUACCAUCUACACGAUGUCAUGUGUUUCGUGGAGUGAAUUUAGAUCUAACUAAUCAAUAUACUGAAGGGAAAACAUUUGUCUGGUGGGGGUUUUCUUCAUGCACAACAUCGAUAGGAGUAUUCCAAGAAAACGAACAAUUUUUAGGCAAAACUGGCCAAAGAACACUAUUUACUAUUGAAUGUGAUAGUGGCAAAGAUAUCAGUCGUUAUUCAUAUUAUCAAAAGGAAAAAGAAGUUCUUCUUCUGGCUGCUCGACAGUUUAUUGUAGUAGCUUAUCUUCAACCAGCAACAGGCCUUCAUAUGAUUCAAUUAAAAGAAACAAAACCUCCAAUUACUCUUUUACAACCGGCUACAAAUCAUUCUGUGCAAAUUCAACCAUUACCGAGCUUUACAGAGGAAGACGUAGCACAAACAACAGUUGUUCCGGUUCCACCAAAGAUUAACAACAGCAAAGAUGAUGCUAGUUAUAUAACCAAGGAUUUACCAAAACCAGCCUACGAAAUAACAAAACCUAAUGAAUUACCAGAAUCAAAAUUCAAUAAAUGGAAACAAGAUGCUAUCACUGUGGCUGGUACAAAGCAUUGGACAUUUUUCCUUUCGAAAAUAGUCAAUACAUUCAGUGGAAAUGGAGCAGGAUAUAAAUUAAAUCAACUCAAGUAUCCUCACGGAAUCUUUAUUGAUAAAAAGAAAAAUAUUUUCAUUGCUGAUUAUUCAAAUCAUCGCAUUGUUGAAUGGAAAUAUAAUGCAAAUGAAGGACAAAUCAUUGCAGGUGGAAAUGGGCAAGGAAAUCGAAUGGAUCAAUUGAAUAAUCCAACAGAUGUGAUUGUUGAUCAACAAAAUCAUUCAAUCAUCAUUGCUGAUUGGGGUAACAGACGAGUGAUUCAAUGGUUGAAUCAAAAUCAACAAAUUCUCAUUGAUAAUAUUGACUGUUCUCGCUUAGCAAUGGAUAAAUAUGGAUAUGUUUAUGUUUCUGAUCAUAAGAAGAAUGAAGUGAGACGAUGGAAAAUGGGUGAAUAUAACAAUGAAGGAAUUAUCGUGGCAGGUGGAAAUAGAAAAGGAGAACAACUCAAUCAACUCCAUUCCCCUAAUUUUAUCUUUGUUGAUGAAGAACAAUCUGUUUAUGCAUCAGAUAGAGACAAUCAUCGUGUAAUGAAAUGGAGAAGAGAUGCAAAAGAAGGAAGAAUUGUGGCUGGAGGAAAUGGUAAAGGAGAAAAGCUCAAUCAAUUGUCCAAACCACAAGGAAUCAUGAUUGAUCAUUUGGGUCAAAUCUAUGUGGCAGAUGAACUGAAUCAUCGAAUAAUGCGUUGGUGUGAAGGAAAAGAAGAAGGUGAAAUUGUUGUUGGUGGAAAUGGUGAAGGACAUCAAUCAAAUCAAUUGGAUGGUCCCGGUGGUUUAUCUUUUGAUGACGAGGGAAAUCUUUAUGUUGCUGAUUUUCGGAAUCAUCGAAUCCAAAAAUAUGAAAAAAUUUGA